CCACCACCAAACCUCUCCCCACCCAACCAACUCAACUCGAGCGAUCUUCAAAGCCUCCACAGCAAAGCAACACCACCACCCUCCAUGCCACCCUCCGGCCUCCUCUCCUACAUCCCCACCAGCCUCUCCUCCAUCCUCCCGGCCCGCGGCUGCGGCGCGGCCCCCUCGCCGUCGCCCCCACCGCCGGCGUCUCCGGCCCCGAGCAAGAUGUCGCCCUCGGUGAAGGCGGCGGACCGCGCGGAGCUGGCGCGCGUGUUCGAGCUGUUUGACCGGAACGGCGACGGGCGCAUCACGCGGGAGGAGCUGGAGGACUCGCUGGGCAAGCUGGGCAUCCCCGUGCCGGGCGACGAGCUGGCCGCCAUGAUCGCGCGCAUCGACGCCGACGGCGACGGGUGCGUGGACGUGGAGGAGUUCGGGGAGCUCUACCGCACCAUCAUGUCCACGGGCAGCGGCGGGGGCCAGAAGGGCUCGUCGGACGCGGAGGCGGAGGAGGAGGACGAGGACGAGGACAUGCGGGAGGCUUUCCGGGUGUUCGACGCCAACGGCGACGGGUUCAUCACGGUGGACGAGCUGAGCGCCGUGCUGGCGUCGCUGGGGCUGAAGCAGGGCCGGUCGGCCGAGGAGUGCCGCCGCAUGAUCGGCCAGGUCGACCGCGACGGCGACGGCCGCGUCGACUUCCACGAGUUCCGCCAGAUGAUGCGCGGCGGCGGGCUCGCCGCGCUAGCCUGAUCGACGGACGGACGGACGGAUCGCCACGCUGAUUAAUGUGCGCUUUGUAUGCUUGGUUGCUACUACUAGCAGGUGUAUGUAGAUAUUUGGCUCGGGCCGGGGCCGGGGGGAAUCCGUGUAAACCGCUCCCUCCCGAAAUUCUUCUCCUUUUUUUUCUGGUUUGUUUGUUCCUUCGUACGCUUGUGCUGAGAAGAUUGAUGGGCUUGCCGAUUAAUGAUUGUACCGCUUGCUGCUCGCAAGAAUUACUGGGAAGAAUUACAAGGUUUUGUUCGUA